CGGCCGGCGGCGCUCCGGGAGCCGAGCGCUGUCAUGGCGGCAGACGGCGGCAGGAAGCGAUGGGGCUGAUUGAGAGCAAGGCGUGAGGCGGCGGCGGCUGAAACUUGGGCAGCCUUCCGGGGACAGCGGCGUGAGGCGCUCCGCGGCCGCCGAGAGGCGCGUGUGGUGCCGCCGCCUCCGAACCCCUCCGCGCCGCAGCCGGGGCAGCCCGCGCCCCCUCCGCGGGCGCAGCGGCUGAGCUACCGCCGCUGACAGCCGCCUCCCGUGAGGAGAGUGCGGCCGGACCGUGUUCCUCGGCCCGGGCUGCGUCUUCUUCCCGCUCUGCCGCACGGAGGGCACCGGCCAUGGCGAGCGACGGCAAACAAGUUGUGCGGCCAACAGGUGAUGGCGGAGGAGGAGCGGGGAAAGAAGGAAACGCCGCCGAAGGGGGAAGCGCGCUGCAGCCGCUGAAUCCAGGGGUCCCCAUCCGAGGCAUCAGGAUGAAGUUUGCCGUGCUGGUGGGGCUGGUGGAGGUUGGAGAGGUGUCCAACAGAGACAUCGUGGAUACCAUAUUCAAUCUGCUUGUUGGAGGCCAAUUUGACUUGGAAAUGAACUUUAUCAUCCAAGAAGGAGAGGGCAUUACCUGCAUGGUAGAACUGUUGGAUAAAUGUGACAUCUCCUGUCAGGCUGAGGUGUGGAGCAUGUUUACAGCAAUAUUGAAAAAAAGUAUACGCAAUCUACAAGCAUGCACAGAAGUGGGACUGGUUGAACAAGUGCUCAAGACGAUUGAUAGAGCUGACAACAUGAUUGCAGAUCUCUUAGUGGAGAUGCUGGGAGUGUUGGCUAGCUACAAUUUGACGGUUCGAGAGCUAAAGUUAUUCUUCAGCAAACUUCAAGGAGAAAAAGGAAGAUGGCCACCACAUGCUGGGAAAUUGUUGUCUGUGUUAAAACACAUGCCUCAGAAGUAUGGACCUGAUGCCUUCUUCAACUUUCCAGGAAAAAGUGCUGCAGCUAUUGCCUUACCUCCUAUAGCCAAGUGGCCCUAUCAGAAUGGAUUUACUUUUCACACUUGGUUAAGAAUGGAUCCUGUAAACAAUAUCAAUGUGGAUAAGGAUAAGCCAUAUUUAUAUUGUUUUCGAACGAACAAAGGACUUGGCUAUUCUGCUCACUUUGUUGGUGGCUGCUUGAUUGUAACAUCCAUAAAAUCAAAGGGAAAAGGUUUUCAGCAUUGUGUAAAAUUUGAUUUCAAGCCACAAAAGUGGUAUAUGGUUACUAUUGUGCACAUCUAUAACCGCUGGAAGAAUAGUGAACUUCGAUGCUAUGUGAAUGGGGAGCUGGCAUCUUAUGGAGAAAUAACAUGGUUUGUCAACACCAAUGAUACAUUUGACAAAUGUUUCCUGGGUUCCUCAGAAACAGCAGAUGCCAAUCGAGUGUUUUGUGGGCAAAUGACAUCUGUGUACCUUUUUAGCGAGGCUCUCAAUGCUGCUCAGAUCUUUGCCAUUUAUCAGCUUGGACUGGGAUAUAAGGGAACAUUCAAAUUCAAGGCAGAAAGUGAUCUCUUCCUUGAUGAACAUCACAAAUUGUUGCUGUAUGAUGGCAAGCUGUCCAGUGCUAUUGCUUUUAUGUACAAUCCAAGGGCUACAGAUGCACAGCUCUGUCUAGAGUCAUCCCCUAAAGAUAACCCUUCUAUUUUUGUUCAUUCACCACAUGCCCUCAUGCUGCAGGAUGUGAAAGCCGUGUUGACACAUUCUGUCCAAAGUGCUUUGCACUCCAUUGGAGGAGUGCAGGUACUUUUCCCUCUCUUUGCACAGCUAGACUAUAGGCAAUAUUCAUCGGACCACAUUGACACGACUGUCUGUUCUACUUUGUUGUCUUUUAUUAUGGAGUUGUUGAAGAACUCGAUUGCUAUGCAAGAUCAAAUGCUUUCCUGUAAGGGCUUCCUUGUGAUAGGAUAUAGCUUGGAAAAGUCUUCCAAAGCUCAUGUUACCCGAGCUGUACUAGAGCUAUGCCUUGCAUUUUCUAAGUAUCUGAGCAACUUGCACAAUGGGGUGCCCUUGCUGAAACAGCUAUGUGAUCAUAUUCUCCUUAAUCCUGCAAUAUGGAUUCAUAUCCCAGCACAGGUUCAGCUGAUCCUGUACACUUACCUGUCUACUGAGUUCAUUGGCACUGUUAACAUAUAUGGCGCAAUUAGACGGGUUGGGACAGUUCUUUUGGUCAUGCAUACCCUGAAGUAUUAUUACUGGGUAGUGAAUCCUCAAGAUCGCAGUGGUAUAACUCCCAAAGGUGUAGAUGGGCCACGGCCUACUCAAAAAGAGAUUUUAUCUCUGCGAGCAUUUUUGUUGAUGUUCAUUAAACAACUAGUGAUGAAGGACUAUGGAAUAAAAGAAGAAGAAUUGCAGGCAAUCCUCAAUUAUCUGCUCACUAUUCAUGAGGAUGACAAUCUAAUGGAUGUCCUGCAGUUGCUUGUUGCUCUCAUGUCAGAGCACCCAAGUUCUAUGAUCCCUGCUUUUGAUCAGAGGAAUGGAUUACAGGUCGUCUACAAACUUUUGGCGUCAAAAAGUGAAGGCAUCAGGGUGCAAGCUCUGAAAGUGAUGGGAUAUUUCUUAAAGCAUCUUGCUCCUAAGAGAAAAGCUGAAAUCAUGCUUGGACAUGGAUUGUUUUCAUUGCUAGCUGAAAGGCUGAUGCUUCAUACUAACUUGAUCACCAUGACCACAUACAAUGUCUUAUUUGAGAUUCUGACUGAACAGAUAUGUACUCAAGUGAUACAUAAACAGCAUCCUGACCCAGAUUCAACGGUGAAGAUACAAAAUCCUCAGAUUUUGAAGGUUAUUGCAAUCCUGCUACGUAAUUCUCCACAGAGUCCAGAAACAUUGGAGAUUCGGCGAGCCUUUCUCUCAGAUAUGAUUAAACUUUUUAAUAACAGCAGAGAAAAUAGGAGGAGUUUGUUGCAGUGCUCCGUUUGGCAGGAGUGGAUGCUUUCUCUGUGCUGUUUUAAUCCCAAGACUUCUGAGGAGCAGAAGAUAACUGAGAUGGUGUAUACCAUUUUUCGAAUUUUGCUUUACCAUGCUAUCAAAUAUGAGUGGGGCGGCUGGCGUGUUUGGGUGGAUACACUGUCUAUCACACAUUCAAAGGUAACCUUUGAAAUGCACAAAGAGAGUCUUUCACAAAUGUACAAGGAAUACCAAGGGAAGGGAGGUGACGGGAGUGUAAUGUGUCCUUCAGCUCCAAUUAGAACAAUUUCUGGAGCUGGCAAAGGAGCUGAAAUUGUGGAAAAGAAUCAAUGUUUAGAAUUAAAAGAAGCUGCUACUGCUCCUCCCUUCCAUGAUGAUAUGGAGUCUGUUACUGAAAAAAAUGAAUCAGAAGCUGACCAGAAAACUCUUUCAGCCUCUAAGCAAAGGAAGGGCUCAAAGGAUGAGGACAGGGAUGAGGACAGGGAAGAAGCAGUGCCUUAUUCAGAGCUUUCUCCAGAGCCAGAAGCAAUAAAACCCAGUGUUUCAGAAAUUAGUAGUGGAAUAGCUGAAGCGAUUGAAGAUUCUCUUAGCAAAGAUCAUGAGCUUGUGGAGGAAACCGUUGCUGUUACUUCAGCUUCUUUGGUAAUGGAAACUUCUUUGGAAGGAGAAAUUCAUGAAAGUCCAGGAGGAAUGGAAAGAUCAGCAGUGGAAGUGGAAGAUGAAGAUGACUUUGUUGAUUUAAAAGAGGAGAGUAGUAUGCCUUUACCUUCAGAAGAGUUUGCAGAAACAGACAGAAAGCAUAGCUCUAAUGAAAAUCAAGAGACAAAGCAGGAAAAGGCAACACAACAGCAACUUGAAUCUGUGCUUUUAAAAUCUGAAGGUACCGGAGGUGUGGAUGUGCAAAACGAAGAUCUAGCUUUAUCAGAAACAGUCAGUUCUGCAGCUGAAGUAGAGAAUCAACCAAAUUCAGAAGGGAAAAAGAAGAUGGAGGAAGAAAAGGUGCUUUAUAGUGAAAGUGGAACAGAUACCAAUGCACAUAUACCAGACCAUGCAGGGUCCUCUGAAAAAAGAAUUGCCAGGCUUGAUGUUUCUAGUGUUGCAUCUGAUACAGAAAGACUGGAACUGAAAGCCAAUACACGUCUAGAAGCACCUCUUGCCCACAGAUCCCUACCUGAGAGAUACCUGUUAAUGGAUGCUCUUCAUUCUGCACCAUUCUUCCUUAAAGGAGGAAAAACACUCUCUACAGCAACAUAUACUCUUCCUGUGAUGUCAAGGCAGCAAGAUUCUUCAGGACAAGAGCUAGCUGCUAUAUCAGAUGGGCAGAGAAGAGAAUCUAGAUCAACUGUGUUCCGUAUUCCUGAGUUUAAGUGGUCACUGAUGCAUCAGCGCUUGCUUACGGACUUGCUCUUUUCCAUUGAAACAGAUAUACAGAUGUGGAGAAGUCAUUCUACAAAAACUGUAAUGGACUUUGUGAAUAGCAGUGACAAUGUCAUAUUUGUACACAAUACAAUUCACCUCAUCUCUCAAGUGAUGGACAACAUGAUCAUGGCUUGUGGUGGCAUAUUGCCACUUCUUUCUGCUGCCACAUCUGCUACACAUGAGUUGGAGAACAUUGAGGCCACUCAAGGACUUUCGGUUGAAGCUUCUUUAACAUUUCUCCAAAGAUUAAUUAACCUUGUAGAUGUGUUAAUUUUUGCAAGCUCUCUUAGUUUCACUGAAAUUGAGUCUGAGAAAAAUAUGUCAUCUGGAGGAAUUCUACGACAAUGUCUUCGUUUGGUAUGUGCCAUAGCAGUAAGAAAUUGCUUGGAGUGUCAGCAGCAUGCACAGAUGAAGCCAAUUGGAGACACAGCAAAGAAUCAAAAAGCAAUGCAGGGGUUUAUAGGAGCAGGAAGGUCUGCAGCAAAGAGUCCGGUGGACAUUGUGACAGGUGGAAUUUCUCCAAUACGAGACCUUGACAGACUUCUGCAGGACAUGGAUAUUAACAGACUUCGAGCAGUAGUGUUCAGAGAUAUAGAGGAUAGUAAACAGGCUCAGUUCUUGGCCUUGGCAGUUGUAUAUUUUAUUUCAGUACUCAUGGUUUCAAAAUACAGAGAUAUUCUGGAACCCCAGAAUGAAAGAAGACCACCAAACCACAGUCAGUCCUUCAAGGAAUCAGAGAAUGAAAAUAAUGGAACUUCUGCUGCAGAUGUGGAACAUCCAUCUGCUACUCUUGGUGCUUUUACUUCAGCUUCCACUGAAGAGUCAGAGUGUACAGCAUCUGUACAAAGAAGGGACUCUGGUCUUGGAGAGGAACCAACUUCAGAGCAAACAAACAGUUCGGGUGGUGCUGCUGAAGCAGGAGCACUGAGUGUCAGUGCAGGUCCAGAUGCUGUCAGUGAAGUACUUUGCACCCUGUCCUUGGAAGUAAAUAAGUCUCAGGGGGACAGAGUUGAGACAGGAGCAGAGGACAGUAAGUCUUCAGCUUCUGUGCCAGCUGCAAAAAAUGUUAAUGUAAAGGACAUCCUGAGAAGCUUAGUAAGCACACCAGCUGAUGGGACUGCAGUUGAUCCUACUCUUCUGCCACCAGCCUUUCUUGGAGUUCUUGGUGAUGGAGCUGCUGAGCAUCCUGUACAGUUCCAUUCCUUUGACAGGAGUGUUGUAGUACCACCGAAGAAAUCAAACAUUUCCUCUACUACAGCUGCUAUGGGUAUUCCUGCAAAUGCUGUCAGCGUGGUUUCUUCUUUAGAUUCUGCGCAAGCCCCAGAUUUGUCAGGAGAAUCUCCUGGAAGGCGAUCAUCUAGUUCAAAACUGCCAUCUGUCCCUACAGUUUCUUCAGUGCCUGAGGAUUCUGCUUCAAAUAUGAGCAUUACAGACAGACUUGAACAUGCUUUGGAAAAAGCUGCCCCACUUCUGAGAGAGAUUUUUGUGGAUUUUGCUCCCUUUCUUUCUCGAACUCUUUUGGGCAGCCAUGGACAGGAGUUGUUGAUAGAAGGUACAAGCCUUGUAUGUAUGAAAUCUAGCAGCUCAGUUGUGGAGCUGGUGAUGCUUCUUUGCUCACAGGAGUGGCAGAACUCCAUACAAAAGAAUGCUGGCCUUGCCUUUAUAGAACUUGUCAAUGAAGGAAGGUUGUUGAGUCAGACUAUGAAAGACCAUAUAGUGCGUGUUGCAAAUGAAGCAGAAUUUAUUUUGAACCGACAAAGAGCUGAAGAUGUCCACAAGCAUGCUGAGUUUGAGUCACUAUGUGCCCAGUACUCUGCUGACAAACGUGAAGAAGAAAAAAUGUGCCAUCAUUUGAUAACGGCAGCUAAGUACCGAGACCAAGUGACUGCAACUCAGUUAAUACAGAAAAUUGUCAACAUUCUUACAGACAAGCAUGGAGCAUGGGGAAGCUCUGCGCCAAGUCGUCCUCGUGAGUUCUGGCGCCUUGACUACUGGGAAGAUGACUUGCGGCGCCGGCGACGAUUUGUGCGUAACCCCCUCGGAUCGACACAUCCUGAAGCGACACUAAAAGCAGCUGGAGAACACGCUCCUGACGAAGAUAUACUUGUUAAGGGAAAGCAGUCUAUCAAGAGUCAAGCCUUAGGAAAUCAGAACUCAGAAAGUGAGAUUCUCUUAGAAGGCGACGACGAUAUCACAUCAUUCAUUGAGGAAAGAGAAGUGGAGAACCUAACGGGUCCAGUCGCCCUGAGUGCGCCAGCUCAGCUGGUGGCACCCUCGGUGGUGGUAAAAGGCACUUUGUCCAUCACUCUUUCCGAGCUCUACUUCGAGGUGGAUGAAGAAGAUCCCAGUUUUAAGAAAAUCGACCCAAAGAUUCUGGCAUAUACAGAAGGACUCCAUGGAAAAUGGCUCUUUUCAGAGAUUCGAGCUAUCUUUUCCCGACGCUAUCUUUUGCAAAAUACAGCUCUGGAGAUAUUCAUGGCAAAUAGAGUGGGUGUCAUGUUCAACUUUCCUGACCAAGCAACAGUGAAGAAAGUGGUUAAUUGUCUACCUCGGGUUGGUAUUGGGGCUACCUUUGGACUACCUCAGACCAGACGCAUUUCUUUGGCUAGUCCACGACAGAUUUUCAAAGCUUCCCAUAUGACCCAGCGAUGGCAACACCGAGAAAUUUCUAACUUUGAAUACCUGAUGUUUUUAAACACAAUAGCAGGUCGCACUUACAAUGAUUUAAAUCAGUACCCUAUUUUCCCUUGGGUUCUUACCAACUAUGAAUCAGAUGAGUUGGACCUUACACUUCCUAGCAACUUCAGAGAUUUGUCAAAGCCUAUUGGAGCUUUGAACCCAAAGAGAGCGGUAUUCUAUGCAGAACGUUAUGAAACAUGGGAAGAUGAUCAAGUUCCAAAGUUUCACUAUGGUACACAUUAUUCAACUGCAAGCUUUGCACUCGCAUGGUUAUUAAGAAUUGAACCCUUCACAACAUUUUUCCUAAAUCUACAAGGUGGGAAGUUUGAUCAUGCUGAUAGAACCUUUUCAUCUAUUUCAAGAGCAUGGCGAAACAGUCAGCGUGACACUUCUGAUAUCAAGGAAUUGAUUCCUGAAUUCUAUUACCUCCCAGAGAUAUUUGUCAACAGCAACAAUUACAAUCUAGGGGUGAUGGAUGAUGGAACAGUUGUGUCUGAUGUUGAACUUCCACCAUGGGCCAAAACCCCAGAAGAAUUUGUUCGUAUAAACAGACUGGCAUUAGAAAGUGAGUUUGUUUCCUGCCAGCUUCACCAGUGGAUUGAUCUGAUUUUUGGCUACAAACAGCAAGGGCCAGAGGCUGCCAGAUCCCUGAAUGUAUUCUACUAUUUGACGUAUGAAGGAGCUGUUAAUUUAAGUUCAAUAACAGAUCCUGUAUUGAGAGAGGCUGUUGAAGCUCAAAUACGAAGUUUUGGACAGACCCCUUCUCAACUGCUCAUAGAACCACAUCCUCCAAGAAGUUCUGCCAUGCAGGUGUAUCUCCUCCUGCAGAGCCCGUUGAUGUUCACAGACCAAGCUCAACAGGAUGUUAUCAUGGUUCUAAAGUUCCCAUCCAACUCCCCUGUCACUCAUGUAGCAGCCAACACCCAGCCUGGUCUGACCAAUCCUGCUGUGAUCACAGUUACUGCAAAUAGGCUAUUUGCUUUAAAUAAGUGGCAUAAUCUUCCUGCUCAUCAAGGUGCUGUACAAGACCAGCCUUACCAGCUGCCAGUGGAAAUCGAUCCUCUCAUAGCCAGCAAUACAGGUAUGCACAGAAGGCAAAUCACUGACCUCUUAGACCAAAGUAUUCAGGUACAUUCCCAGUGUUUUGUCAUCACCUCUGACAAUCGUUAUAUCUUGGUUUGUGGCUUCUGGGACAAGAGUUUCCGAGUUUAUUCUACUGACUCAGGUAAACUGAUGCAAGUAAUAUUUGGACACUGGGAUGUUGUCACCUGUCUUGCUCGUUCUGAGUCAUAUAUUGGAGGAAAUUGUUACAUUCUGUCAGGGUCACGUGAUGCAACAUUGCUGCUCUGGUACUGGAAUGGCAAAACCAAUAUCGUUGGUGAUAAUCCAAGAGGUGAUUUUGCAACUCCUCGAGCCAUUUUGACAGGACAUGACUAUGAGAUCACCUGUGCUACCAUAUGUGCUGAACUCGGCUUAGUAAUAAGUGGUUCAAAAGAAGGACCAUGUCUCAUACAUUCUAUGAAUGGAGAUUUGCUGAGGACAUUAGAAGGUCCUGAAACAUUAGAAGGUCCUGAAAAUUGCCUGAGACCAAAACUUAUUCAAGCUUCAAGGGAAGGACAAUGUGUCAUAUAUUAUGAAAACGGCCUUUUUUGUGUAUUCAGUGUGAAUGGGAGACUUCAAGCCACUAUGGAAACAGAAGAUAAGAUCAAGGCAAUCCAGCUGAGUAGAGAUGGACAGUAUCUGCUUACAGGUGGAGACAAUGGAGUUGUCAUGGUAUGGCAGAUGUGGGACCUGAAGAAGCUUUUUGCUUACCCAGGCUGUGAUGCUGGAAUCCGAUCCAUGGCCCUGUCAUAUGACCAAAGGUGCAUACUGACCGGGAUGGCAUCAGGGAGCAUAGUGGUUUUCUACAAUGACUUCAAUCGUUGGCAUCAUGAAUAUCAAACCAGAUACUGAUCUUCGUGGAGACCACAGUUACCAUUAAUAUGGGCGGCUGUUGUUGGAAUGAGACUGGCCAUAGCACACCUCCCUUGGUGUCCUGUCACAACAUUGCUCCUUAUAAAUAGCUAUAUCCUAUCUGAAUGUAACUUAAAUUUGCUGGGAGAAGCAACCUAUUUUUUAAAGUUAAUCGCUAUUUUUGUAGACUUUGCUUGACUUUUUUGGGGGAAGGGCUGUGAAGCAAAAAAAUGGCUGCUGGGUUCUGUAGUUAAAAAUCUAUAUUUUUAGUCAUAAUGAGAAGUCUAUUUUGAUCCCUGUAUGUAAAAGAAACCUAAAAUAAAGUCAGUUAAAACUCACAUUCUAGAUGUGUCAUGAAGAAACAGAUUUUUCCACCUGAAGCUUUAUCUAUGCCUUUGAAGAAUAUAUGAUUUUAACAUAAUGGAAAUGAAUUAUGUCACUUGGGGUCUUUUAAUCUGUGCUAUCUAUACUAUACUUUGUCUUGUACUUUUCCAAAUGAUUGUACUACAUCAGCACUGACAUUUCUGAAAAUCAAUAGUAAUAUUUAAAUUAUGGUUAAUGUAAUGUUAAACUUUGCAAAUGGUUUCCAUCAAUGUCAAUAUUCAGGCAUGUUCCUAUGCCUAGACAAUUAGUUAUUUUUAGUUGUUUGUUAACGUGCAGUUAAGAGAGCAAUAGAGUUUGUGUUGCAUCAAGUAUGAAUCCUUCCAGUUUUUACCUGACAUCUCCUUCAAAGCACACCAAAAUGUAGAUUGUUCCUCAAAAUCAGGAAGGCUGUUUGAAAGCCUUAAGCUCAAAUCAGAAACCCACAGAAGUGGGGUUUUUUUGUGUGUGGUUUUUUGUUUUUUUCUUAAUAGGUGCAUUUACCAAAGCACACUUCUGCUGUCUGACUGUGAAAGCACUCAAAAGGCAAAAUGUUUGCUGGUGCACAGCCUCUCUACAGCAGCAGAAGCACUAGACUUGCAGGUUGCUCUUCUUGUUUGUUCAGAACUGACCCCUGCAGUACUGUAGCACACACCAUGUUCCUUUUCUGUAUAUGGCAGGAACAUCUUUUAUAUUUUGCUAUCACCAAAACUAGUCAGGUCCUGUCCAAUCUUGUGAAAUGCUCUCUUUCUUUUAGGAAAUGAAAAAUAAUUUAUAUUAAGGAACAAUAAGUUAUUUUGGUGUUGCACAAAUCUACUUUUCUACAAGAUUGCUGUGCAGAACUCUGUGAAAAUAUUUGUGAAAAGAACUGUUAUUGUUUUGUAAGUCUGUAUUGCAUAAAAGUAUCUUCUUUGUAUGUUGUGAUCUAUCAGUUGAAAUUUACAUUCCCUAUCUGUAUUGAUACAUACAUACAUUUCUCUAGCUGCCUACUAGCGCAGUUCCUGUUUUUCUAAGCAUUUAGCUUCUAUCUCUUUAAGUAAAGAUUUGGAAUGAGGAAAUUCAGUUUGAGUGAAGAAAUUAAAUAAAAUUGCAUUUGUAAUUGAGAGCUCGAUUGGGACGUAUUGUGUUCUUGUGGCUCAAUGUUUGUUCACAAGAGAGAAAACAGGUGCUAUGGCUGACACACAUUAAAGUGGUGAUUAAGC